UUUUAGUGUGUCUCUAAUUGAACAGUUUUUAAGGCGGAGAAGAAUGGGCUGAAUUCUCAGGAUGACCAGCUCACAUUUCAGGUUUAACAUUUUAGUACUACUUUCUUUUUUUCUAAUGAUCUGUUGAACUGUCACAUGUCAGUAUUUUCUCUGAAAUAGCCUACAUAUAUUGGUUUAGAUUAGACAGAAUAGGUUAAUUUUGUAAGUCAGAAAGAGAAAUAGAUUUGCUUGGAGGAGGAGACUUUAGUCUUCAGAAGGGCAGACAGUCACAUUGGAACUGGACAUCAUCUAUCAGCACUCAGGAGCUUCUGAAAGGGUGUUGAUGGAGAGGAUUUCGAAUGUCAGCCGGAACAGUGGUCAUCACAGGUGGAAUCAUUGCUGCAGUCAUCUUAUUGACUAUUGUUACAGUGUUGUGUUGCUGUAGACUGCAGUAUUACUGUUGUAAGAGUGAUGGCUCAGCGGAGGAUGAGGAAGAGGAGGAGAAGGAGAAGGAGCCUGAAUUCACCAAAUCCUUACCCGGACCUGCACAUCAGUCAAAACCUACAAACACUUCGAGUUCUCUACUACCACUGAGCCCUCUGAUUCCUCCAAGUCUUCUGACAUCACCAAGCCGACUGAGUCUACCGUGUCCUCCAGAACGCUCAUCCUUCAAUCAGUUUCCCAAAACCACAGAACAUCACAAGCCAAACGGGCCAGCCAUUUGCAGACGCUAUAGUGCUGCUCUAUCCCCUGAUCCCAUACAUUCCCACAUGUUCUGCCCCUCAUGCUCUGGUCUACUGCCGUUCUACCUGCCUCGAGAGCAGGAAGUAAGGAAUGGGGGAGGAAGGAUCAGCUACAGGAGCCUAGAGCAACAAGAGGUGGACCUGCCUAUGGAUAUACCCAGUUAUAACAAGCUUAACCUCAUACGUUCUAUCACCAUGAGGGAGAUGGUGUCACACCAGAGCAUCAGUACUGAUGUUUAAUUUCUUUUGAAGAUCUUGGUUAUGACUUUUGAAGGAAGAACCGGUGUAGGAUCCUAGGAUAACCAUGGAAAUUAAACUAUUUCUGAGAACAGUCUGAUAAGAAACAUGAGAUAUGCUAUGUAUGUGUACAUGUAAAAAUGUAUUUUGAUUAUAUAAUUAUCAUAUGUUGUUUCCGCAAGACUAUUUAGACUCCAAAGUAAUGUAAGUAGUUAAAAUUUGCUAUAAAUAGUUAUAAAACAUUUCUAUUAAUUGCUUAUAACUGCUAUUAGUGAUCAAGGGCUUAUUAUAUUUUACAAACAAAU